GUAAUAUCCGCGAUUGAUCGUACUAUGAUCUUGGCUGAUGCUUUCGAUCUUGCGAAGACCUCGAAACUCAGCAUAGCAACAUAUCUGGAUCUGUUAGUUUAUGCUGAAGAGGAAAUGAAUAGAAUGACAUGGCAGUUAAUCCACAAACAUGUAGGAUAUAUAGAAGACCUUAUAGAAGAGACUCCGUUCGCACACACUUUCAAGGAUCUCCAACGAUCACUUAUUCUUCGACCAUAUGAACGCAUUGGAUGGGGAAGCAAUUCUACCGAUACCCCUGCUCUGAAAGGAUUGCAGGUUUUAGCUUAA